UGAAAGCGCUUUUCGGCUUUUCGGUUGUUGGGGCUUUUUGCUGCGCGCGUGGAGUCCAGCGGUGGGUGGUGGUGCCUUCGCGUCGCAGAGGCCGCCUUUGGCGGAGGUCUCCAGGGGGGGAGGCAGCAGAGAGCCUUCUAGAAAGAGGAAAUCGUAUGCUAUCAGACCUUGAGCCAAGGAAAGGGUUGGGCAUGUUUGAGGAACCCAGAAAAGGCGUUGUGUGGCUAGAGCCCAAAGUUGGACGGGAGAGGCAAGAGACGAGGCUGGAGGGCAACAGGGCCUGAUCGUGCUGGGCACUGUUCUCCGUUAACUAUUUUUUACCGUAUCAUAAGGGCAGCGUGACCAGACAGUAAAUUACAGUGAGCCUCCUGUGCAUUUAGAGUAACAUUAAAUUUGUAAUCAUGACUCCAGCCUUGUCAUUUGUUAUGCAAUCUCAUUUUUCUGUGAUUUUUUUUUUUCUUUCCUGAGGGUGAUGUUUAAAGUGCUUGGCCAAAAUAAACCAUUGUUGUCAAGUUUCCCCACAGGAAUAGAAUGGAAGGAGAAUCGAGCAGACUGGAAAUUCACACUCCAGUUUUUGACAAGAAAAAGAAAAAGUACUCUGUGUAUAAGGAAGGACAUCUGAGGCAUCCCCAUGAAAGUGUCAGAGACUCCCCCCUGGCAAGCGAGCAGUCUCACGUAACCAAGAGUAAGAAAAAAAGGAAGGAUUGCCAGCAUCUUCUUCCUUCCCCUUUGAAAAAAUCAGAAAUUGGUGGUGAGACGAAAAAGGCCACAUCCGUACCCAAAAAGAAUAAAAAGAAAAAACAUAGGGCUUCGGGGGUGGAUGGGGAAACAGGUGUGGUGUAUGUCUUGGUGGAUAAAGAAAAUAUCGAGAACACACCAAAGAAUUUUAGGAGGGAUGUCGAUGUCGUGUAUGUUGACGUGAGCCAGGAACAGAAGCCAACAAAAGAGCCUGAAGCAGGCGAACUGCAUUCAGUUCCUAAGUCACAUAAAAACGAGUCGGAAGAGCUGCAUCAUAAAGUUAGGGGGACAAAAAGUAGAAAACAUCGGAGGAAAGUGGCCUCCUGGGAUGCUGAGCAGGAAAGCCUGCAUGCAAGCCUCGCUCUGCCCAAGCCAGAACCACACAAGGAGGAAACCCUGCUUUCUGUGGACCCAGGAGGUGGAAUCACACAACUACCAGUAUCGGCCCAUAAGAAAAAGUCUAAGAAAAAAAAGAGAAAAAUUGCACAUGACCAGGAACUUGAGGCAUUGCCUGGGCCUGAGAGUCUAGAGAACGUGUACUCCGAAGGAUGGCAGGGGGUCGGUGAGGUUGGGACUGCAGAAGGCAGUAAGGAAGCCGGCCGUGUAAAGAAAAAGUCUAAGAAAAGGAAGCGAAGGUCUUCUGUUGAAAGUCCUGUAGCUCCUGGGGGUGAUUUUUCAGUGCCCGCAGGGAGCUUUGAGGAUACACACUCUGAUUCACUGGAAGGUAAUGGUGCCCUGAUUGAAGAAAGAGUGAAACCCAGGCCACACCAGGAGAAAACCCAGGCCUCUUCGGAAGAGGUGCAGAGGUUAGAACCUACAAAUGAAGAGGAAAGACAUUUGGAAUUGGCCAAAGAUUCUGCAACAAGAUAUUCGUCGGAAGACUCCAGAGAUUCGGGUGACUCAGAUGUGGAUUUAGACUCGGCUGUGAGGCAGCUCCAGGAGUUCAUUCCGGACAUCAAGGAAAGGGCUGCCACCACAAUCAAGCGGAUGUACCGGGAUGACUUGGGGCGGUUUAAGGAAUUUAAAGCACAGGGUGUCGCUAUUAGAUUUGGCAAGUUUUCUGUAAAGGAAAACAAGCAGUUAGAGAAAAAUGUGCAAGAAUUUCUGUCCCUGACAGGAAUUGAGAACGCAGACAAACUGCUGUACACAGACAGAUACCCAGAGGAGAAAUCUGUGAUCACCGACUUAAAAAGAAGAUACGCAUUUAGAUUGCACAUUGGAAAGGGCAUUGCCCGGCCCUGGAAACUCGUCUACUAUCGAGCAAAGAAGAUGUUUGAUGUCAACAAUUAUAAAGGCAGGUAUAGCAAAGGAGACAUGGAAAAGUUAAAGAUCUACCAUUCCCUGCAUGGGAACGACUGGAAAAAGAUUGGCGAGAUGGUGGCUCGAAGCAGCCUUUCUGUUGCCCUGAAGUUCUCCCAGAUCAGCAGUCCAAGAAAUCAUGGUGCUUGGAGUAAGACAGAAACCCAGAAACUAAUCAAGGCCGUCGAAGAAGUGAUUCUAAAGAAAAUGUCUCCCCACGAUUUAAAAGAGGUGGAUUCUAAACUCCAAGAAAACCCUGAAGGCUGCCUGUCUAUUGUUAGGGAAAAACUCUACAAGGGCAUAUCUUGGGUAGAAGUAGAAGCCAAAGUAGAAACCAGAAAUUGGAUGCAGUGUAAAAGUAAGUGGACGGAAAUCCUAACCAAGAGGAUGACGAAUGGUCGGGAUGUGUACCGCGGAGUUAAUGCUCUGCGGGCCAAAAUCAACCUCAUCGAAAGAUUGUAUGAGGUAAACGUGGAGGACACUAACGAGAUAGACUGGGAAGACCUUGCUGGCGCCAUAGGUGAUGUUCCUCCGUCCUAUGUUCAAACUAAAUUUUAUAAGCUGAAAGCUACCUGUGUUCCCUUUUGGCAGAAGAAGACUUUUCCAGAGAUUAUAGACUACCUUUACGAGACCACCCUGCCUCUGCUUAAGGAAAAGUUAGAGAAGAAGGUGGAGAGAACGGGCACCGAAAUCCAGAGUCCCGCGACACCCAGGCAGGCCUUCCGGUUCAGUGACAUCUUCUAUCGUGACGACGACAGUGAGGGAGAAGACGGGGAGAAGAGAGAGGUCCAAGACCGCGGCAGAGGGGAGGUGGGACAUGAGCGUCAUAAUCAGACCAAGACCUCAAUUCUCCUCCAGGCCACUUUCAGUUCCACAGUUGUUGACACACACACUGAGUAAGCACAGCAGGAGCUGAAGAUGCCAGAGGGAACCAGGCAGACUUGCAGGCGACACAAUCCAGAGCUUGCUGAACACCAUUUCCAGUUCAGCUCCUGAAAUACCCGCCAGUCCUAAUUCCCCGGCCUCAUCAAACGGUGCAUCUGUCCACCAGUUGGCUCACAGCCUGACCAAGCUGUCACCGAGUCUGUUUCUAUUGUUGCUCUCUUCUGAACACCCACUGCUCUGCGUCCUCUCCCUUGGUGGCACUUUCCCGUCCAAGACGCCAAGCCUGGGUGAGCCCUUCCAUCUGCCUCCUCCCUGCACCUAAGAGGUAACUAUUUCUGGAAGAAAACCACGCAGCUGGGUGCUUGGGUGGCUCAGUUGGUGAAGCUUCUGCCUUUGGCUCAGGUCAUGAUCCCAGGGCCCUGGGAUCGGGCCCUGCAUUGGGCUCCCUGCUCAGCUGGAAGCCUGCUUCUCCCGCUGCCCCUCCCUGCUUGUGCUCACUUGCUCUCUAGUAAAUAAAAUCUUUGGGGGGAAAAAAACAACUGAGCUGGCUGGUUUCACUUUAAUGAUUGUCAGCCUCAGACACAGCGUCACCAGAGGAUCUACUUUGAUUCUCUGAUACAUUUGCUGUUCUUUCCUCACAUCAGCCAUUAUGCCUUCAACCCUCCCACACCCUUCUUCUGCCCUUUACAUGAUUCACUGAGCAAGUUGAAGGCAGCGGACGUCAACUCCCUCUUCCCUCCACCAACCAGGCGAUCCUGCCUCCAUCUGCACUCAUUCCUCCUGCCCGAAGCCUCACCCUGCGCCUGAGCCCCUCAGUCUGCCCCUUACAUUGUCUUGAAGAUUUUGAUCUUUUGCUGAUCCCUCUCCUAACGUCAGUCUCUUCUGUUCUGGAUCAUCAUCACCGUAAACAUGCUCCCAAAUCACCCAUCUUUAAAUAUAUAUGUAAUAUGUACGUAUUAGUACAAGUGUGGAAUGGGCGCUUUCCUCUGUGCUCCUCCCACUGCACCCAGCUUCUAAAUGUCCGUGGUCCUCGGGACUGUUGGGGCCUCUCUUCACAUCCUCAGUGCCUUGGAAUAACCUCGACAUGCUGACGGCUUCCAGUUGCAUGGUUACAGAUCAGAUUCUCCCCUGUACUCCAGGCUGAAAGAUGCAUCGCCGGGGGAUGCCUGGCUCGUGCAGUCUGCAGAGCGUGCACUCUUGAUCUCGGGGUUGUGAGUUUGGGCCCCAUGUUGGGGGAAGAGAUGACUUAAUAAAUAAAAUUUUGAAAAAGGAAAA